AUGUUCGCCCAGCCCAUUACCCCAGACCUGCUGAUGACCCCCAGCGACCAGGGCGAUGUAGAUCUGGAUGUGGACUUUGCCGCGGACCGGGGGAACUGGACGGGCAAGCUGGACUUUCUGCUGUCCUGCAUCGGCUACUGUGUGGGCCUGGGGAACGUGUGGCGCUUCCCCUACCGAGCCUACACCAACGGAGGAGGCGCCUUCCUCGUGCCCUACUUCCUCAUGCUGGCCAUCUGUGGCAUCCCCCUCUUCUUCCUCGAGCUCUCCCUGGGCCAGUUCUCCAGCCUGGGACCCCUGGCCGUCUGGAAGAUCAGCCCCCUCUUCAAAGGUGCCGGCGCGGCCAUGCUGCUCAUCGUAGGCCUGGUGGCCAUCUACUACAACAUGAUCAUCGCCUACGUCCUCUUCUACCUCUUCGCCUCCCUCACCAGCAACCUGCCCUGGGAGCACUGCGGCAACUGGUGGAACACGGACCUCUGCCUCGAGCACAGAGGCUCCAAGCAUGGCAAUGGAGCCCUGCCCCUCAACCUCACCGGCACUGUCAGCCCCAGCGAGGAGUACUGGAGCCGCUACGUCCUCCACAUCCAAGGCAGCCGCGGCAUCGGCAGUCCUGGGGGGAUCCGAUGGAGCCUUUGCCUCUGCCUGCUGCUGGCCUGGGUCAUUGUGUUUCUCUGUAUCCUCAAGGGUGUGAAGUCCUCCGGCAAGGUGGUAUAUUUCACGGCCACGUUCCCCUACCUCAUCCUGCUUAUGCUGCUGGUCCGAGGAGUCACCCUCCCGGGGGCCUGGAAGGGCAUCCAGUUCUAUCUCACCCCUCAGUUCCACCAUCUGUUGUCUUCCAAGGUGUGGAUCGAAGCUGCUCUUCAGAUCUUCUACUCCCUGGGUGUGGGCUUCGGGGGCCUUCUCACUUUUGCCUCCUACAACACGUUUCACCAGAACAUCUAUAGAGACACCCUCAUCGUCACUCUGGGCAACGCCAUCACCAGCAUCCUGGCAGGCUUCGCCAUCUUCUCCGUGCUGGGCUACAUGUCUCAGGAACUGGGGGUGCCUGUGGACCAAGUGGCCAAAGCAGGCCCCGGCCUGGCCUUUGUCGUCUACCCACAGGCCAUGACCAUGCUGCCUCUGUCGCCCUUCUGGUCCUUCCUUUUCUUCUUUAUGCUCCUGACCCUUGGCUUGGAUAGCCAGUUUGCCUUCUUGGAGACCAUUGUGACAGCUGUGACGGACGAAUUCCCAUAUUACCUGCGGCCCAAGAAGGCUGUGUUCUCGGGGCUCAUCUGUGUGGCCAUGUACCUGAUGGGGCUGGUUCUCACCACCGACGGGGGCAUGUACUGGCUCGUGCUUCUGGAUGACUACAGUGCCAGCUUCGGGCUAAUGGUGGUGGUGAUCACCACGUGCCUCGCCGUCACCCGGGUGUACGGCAUCCAGAGGCUCUGCCGGGACAUCCAUAUGAUGCUGGGCUUCAAGCCGGGCCUGUACUUCAGGGCCUGCUGGCUGUUUCUGUCCCCGGCCACGCUUCUGGCCCUGCUGGUCUACAGCGUCGUCAAGUAUCAGCCCUCAGAGUAUGGCAGCUACAGAUUCCCGGCCUGGGCAGAGCUGCUGGGCAUCCUGAUGGGCCUGCUGUCCUGCCUCAUGAUCCCCGCCGGCAUGCUGGUGGCUGUGCUCCGGGAGGAGGGCUCGCUCUGGGAGCGGCUCCAGCAGGCCAGCCGACCGACCAUGGACUGGGGCCCAUCGCUGGAGGAGAACCGGACUGGCAUGUACGUGGCCACGCUGGUGGGGAGCCAGUCACCCAAGCCACUGAUGGUGCACAUGCGCAAGUACGGGGGCAUCACCAGCUUCGAGAACACUGCCAUCGAGGUGGACCGCGAGAUUGCCGAGGAGGAGGAAUCUAUGAUGUGAGACAGGAGGCGGUGGACAGGCUGCCCCACCGCCAAAGGCAGCGUGCCCUGUGGGGCUCUGAGAGGCCCUGAGGCCGUGGGAGGUUGCCACGGCGAUGCCAGUCCCCAGUGCAAGUCUUUUCCUGUGGCCUCUGCCUCUCCUCCGUCUACCUUCUCCACGUGUGCACACAAACCCACUCAGAGCUCAGCCCUCAUUUCGCAGAUGGGUGAACUGAGGCCAGGGAGGAGGGACUUACCCAAGGUCACAUGGUGGAAGGGACUGGACACCAGGCCUUCUGGCCAACCAGCUCCCUUUCUCAUGUGGUGGGUGCAGCAUCUUCUCAUGUCUGUUGAGGGCCUGGUCUCCUCCCUUUUCUAGGGGAGCCUGCCCGCAUGCACUUCCAACAGCUAGAAUCCUAGUUGGGCAGGGACACUCAGGGUGCGGCUAGGCCCGUGAGGCCCCAGGCAUCAUGGGUUAGCAAGUCAAGUGGGAGAAGGUCCCCUGUGGGCUCAGGUGCCUGCUAGGUUUCCUGAACGCCCUGGAGGAUGGGGCAAGUGGGGAGGGAAGGAGGAAGAAGAGGGCAGGGUGUGGAGGCCCCCACAUAGCCCGUGUACUUCCCCUCGAGCCCAGGGUAGAGACCAAGGUGUUACAGGUUAUAGCAGGGUCCAGUGGGAAUGAAGGGGAGGGGAGGAGGGAUGCGGGGUGGGCAGGGGUUUGCAUGAUCUGGUUGUGCUUUAGAUAGAAUAUUUUUCCGGGUCAGUUUGCAGAGUGGAACUCAGGGGACAGGGUGAAGGAGGCGGGCCUGUGGAGGGCAGGCAAGAGGGGCAGUGGCCUGAGUGAGGGGAUAGAGUGGGGAAGGGAGGAGGACCCCACACUUCCCUCCCCACCUCCCCAGACAAGGGCCCACAGCCCUGGGCAUGAUGAGAACAGAGGACACAGGUGGAGAGGUGGGAGUGAGGGCUCCUAGUUAGGACCCAAAGCCUCUGCAUCCUCCUCCCUGCCCUGGUGGCCCUCACUGUCCCCUCCAGCUCCAGGUACUGCUGGGAAAUUGGCCUUGGCUAUGCAUGGCCAAGGCAACUAAGAGGCUUGUGAUGGUCCGCACACUUGGCUGUCUGGUCCUGAUGAUGCCCACCCUGCCCCCAGGCCCAGGCAAGGGGGUGGAGACAGAGAGCCCAGGGCACUCGACUCCUGAGGCCCCUGGCCAGAUGUCUCGGCAGCAUCUCCGGUCCCAGGCACAGGAGGGGCUGUCCUGGGUGCCCCCCCAUCGUCGCCUGAUGAGGAUGGGGCCUUCGAAUGCCCGAGGAGAGCUUCUGCACACACGGUGCUCCCCAGCGGGACAGGCACCCGUGUGCAGUUCGGCCGGCCUCUGUGCCCUGUCUUUCUCCUGCUGUCUUCCCAGCCCAUCUGUGUCCAUCCGUUUGUUGUCAAUAAACACCAAUGAGGUCAUCAUUCUUA